GAGAAACACUAAGAGAAAAACGCAAGAUCAACAGCUGAGAACAAGGAGGUCAGGAUAAAGGGAGACAUUUCCUUUGGCCAUGGAAAAGUCUUUUUUUGGCUUGGGCAGCAUGGAAAGCUUUUUAGAAGGAAAGUAACAUUUCUGAGGUUAAAUAAAAGGGACCUGACAGAAAAAUCUAAUAAUUAAACAAACAACCAAAAAAUAAAUUAAAACAAUAGUUAAGAAGUCUAGCGAAUAAGCAAAUAAACAAAUGAAAAAUAAAUAACUAAAGAGCCUACAAAGCAGGACAGUUCUACAGCUCAUCUCACCUUCUGCGGGUUCGCUGAGACAGUGAGACGGGACUGUGGCGCAAGGGUCAAGUAUCUGCAGAGACUGCAAAGUCCCACUCAGACAACCCAGCCAAGCGCCGAGGACUCUGGGGGAUUUGUUCUAGACUCGCUUGUGAAAUCAGUCAAAGGUGAACCAAAUUCCCGACCAUUCCUGAAAGGCUACUGGAACUUUUUCCGAUUUCUUCUGCACCCCUCCCACCAGCAGAAUGGCGGUAUCGCGGGGCUGCCUGUGCUGUGUGAAGUAUCUCAUGUUUGUCUUCAAUCUUGUCUUCUGGCUGGGGGGAUGUGGCUUGUUUGGCGUGGGGGUGUGGCUUUCCUUCACCCAAUCAAAGUUCUCCUCCCUCCCCCUGUCCUUCCCUUCCCUUUCUGCUGCCAACCUGCUGUUGGUUGCAGGGGGCGUUACCAUGGUGACUGGAUUCCUCGGAUGCUUGGGUGCGCUGAAAGAGCAGCGUUGCCUGUUGAUGACGUUUUUUGUCAUCCUGCUACUUCUCUUCCUGAUCGAAGUGACUUUGAUUCUGAUUUUAAGCAUCUACCACAGAGAGCUGGACCAAAAAGCAAAAGAUGGCUUGAUCCAAAGCAUGAAGAACUACAAGACAAACAAGCACCUGCAGGUUUCCUGGGACAACAUGCAGACGAUCUUUAAGUGUUGUGGCGUGAGCAACCACACGGACUGGUACAACAACAUGGGGAUAGACCAGCACCCAGAGUCCUGCUGCAGACAGGACCUCGGCCGCUGCCACAGAUGGGAGGAGCCAUGCUAUGAGAAGGCCAAGGAGUUUAUCCUGAGCAACCUCACGUCUGUGCUGGGCUUUGGUGUCUGCCUUGGCAUCGUACAGAUCCUGGCCCUGGCAUUCUCUAUGCUGAUGUACUGCCAAAUCCUGCGUGCUGAAAAGUACCUGGACUGAGCAAGCACACACAGCAAACACUCGCUCUGCUUAACGGAGCCAAGCAGUGUGUGUGUGUGGAGCACGAAGAUGCAUGUGGGAGUUUGUGUAACGCAUGGGCGACAUGAAGUGUGCAUGCGUGGAACAUUCAGACAUCUGUGUUGAACAUUAAGUGUGUGUGCAAUGUCUGUAACAUGAAGUGUGUGUGUGUAACAUGAAGAAACCGACCGUACUCUUUUAGGAUAUACCUGACUCUGCAUCUCUGAUACAAUACUAUUUAAGUUGGGAAUUUCUAGCUAGAAUUUUUAUUCUUAAAACCGAAUCUGAGAUAUGAAAACCAUAAGUGCAGUCUAGCAGUUAUCCUGCAUAUUUUGUAAGGAGGCAGAAGAGAACAAAACAAAGCCUAUUCCAGUGCUGUAGUCUCACAUCGCCCACUGUAGGGAUGGGAUGUCCCAGACUCCCCUCAGUCAGAUUCAGAAGCUCCAGUUGGCAGGCUGGAUGUUUAAACUUGGACUUAUAGAUCAAGUUACUCCAUACGGUUGUUGCUUUAUAAUGUAGUAUUUCCACGUAAUUUGCUGUCUGAAUUUUUUGUUAAGGUCAAUAAAAUUGAAUUGCUGUUA